AUGCCCCGAUGCCCCUCGGGGGCCAUGGACGAGGGGCCUGUGGACCUGCGCACCCGGCCCAAGGCCGCAGGACCCCCGGGCGCCGCGCUGCCACUCCGCAAGCGCCCGCUGCGCGCGCCCUCCCCCGAACCCGCCGCCCCACAAGCAGCCGCGGGCCCCGGAGUCCCCUCGGAAUCACUAUGCGGUGGACCCGAGGCGCCGGUCGUCCCCGGGCCCCCACACGGCUUGCCCCGGCCAGAGGCGCUUUACUACCAGGGACCUUUUCUGCCCUUGUACCCUACCCCAACGAUGGGCUCUCCCUUUCCUGUGCUCAGCCUGCCUGCCCCUCUGUACCCCAUCUUGUGCUCGAUGGAACAUCCCUUGUCCACCGACAUCGCCGUGGCCAUCAACGCGGAUGAAGACGGAGACACGCCCCUCCACAUAGCUGUGGUCCAAGGCAACCUGCCAGCUGUGCACCGGCUAGUCACCCUCUUCCAGCAUGGGGGCCGAGAGCUGGACAUCUAUAACAACCUUCGGCAGACCCCACUGCAUCUGGCGGUAAUCACCACGCUGCCGUCAGUGGUUCGGUUGUUGGUGAUGGCCGGCGCUAGCCCCAUGGCGCUGGACCGCCACGGGCAGACUGCAGUUCACCUGGCGUGCGAACAUCGCAGUGCGACUUGUCUGAGGACUCUGUUGGAUAGCGCGGCCCCCGGCACUGUGGACCUAGAGGCCCGCAACUACGAUGGGCUCACCGCCCUGCACGUGGCAGUGAACACAGAGUGCCACGAAGCCGUCUUGUUACUGCUGGAGCGCGGCGCGGAUAUUGACGCGAUGGACAUUAAGAGCGGCCGUUCCCCGCUCAUCCACGCCGUGGAAAACAACAGCCAUAGCAUGGUGCAGUUGCUCCUGCAGCACGGCGCCAACGUGAACGCGCAGAUGUACUCCGGCACCUCCGCGCUGCACUCGGCGUCUGGUCGCGGGCUCCUCCUACUCGUGCGCACGCUGGUGCGCAGCGGUGCCGACAGUGGCCUUAAGAACUGCCACAAUGACACACCGCUCAUGGUGGCACGCAGCCGCCGGGUCAUCGACAUCCUGAGGGGGAAGGCCACACGAUCAGUUCCCACACCACAGUCAGAGCUUUUCCCUGAGCACAGCGCCACCACCUCUCCUGAGAGCAGCAGCCGCCUCAGCUCCAAUGGUCUUCUCUCUGCAUCACCAUCCUCUUCACCUUCCCUGUCUCCACCCAAGGAUCCCCCUGGAUUCCCCAUGGUUCCCCCCAACUUCUUCCUUCCUCCCUCAUCUCCACCUGCCUUCCUGCCAUUUUCUGGGGUGCUCCAAGCUUCCGGCCGGCCCGUGCUCCCCUCCCCAGCUCCAGGAGGCAGCUGA